GGUAGAGAAAAAACGGUUGCAAAAGCUUUUAAUGAGAAAUGAUACAUUUCAAACACAUCCUGUAACAUAAUGUCACGACCUGGAUGCGGAAGAAGCACAUUACUCGCUAAUGCAAUAAAUCCAGAUCAGACAAAACAUAAUAGCUUAUGCAUUCGGGUCGCUUUUGCACGAUGCACUGACAACUGAAGCGCCAGCUGUUUCCUCUGUGAAUAUUAUGGUGUAGGCUAAUUGCAUUUAUACAUUUUGUUAAUGAGGCAAUGUACAUCGUGAUGAGGAUUGUUGGUUCCUUUGUGUUGCUCUGUCAGUUUGCAGCUGCAUCUGGAAGGGACCGGUCUCGCGCUCCCCGUGUUGUCUAGCCCUCUCUAUUCGGCGGAAAAAAAGUACUAUUUCAUUCAUCCCGUUUCCUUCCAUUCAUCUGGGCACUGCAGCGUAGCGAAGACUCGGGGUUCGAUCAGCACGAAAAUUCUUAUCAAUGGAGAGAGUGACGUCAAUGAGCUAGAGUGACGUGCGGUCACGUGGGCGCAGUGGGGCCGAAAUAAAAACACGGAGAGCUGACCGUGGUACUGAAAAUAUCCCCAUAGCUCCGUGCAAGAAUAGCCAACCAUACGGCUUACACAAACGAUAUCACUACACAAACAAAACAGCAACAUUCAAACAAAGCGUGUAUUGUUGAAGCGGAUUCAUACACGUAAAUCACGAGACUAACUUAACUCGAAUACAAAGUUUGAAGAGGACACAAUAAGUGCGUCGGACUGCGCUGCCCCUGACAGGAUUCCCGGUUCAACACAUAUGUACGGUCAUGAGCUGGUGCCAACAAACUUUAAAUGUCCCCGUCAUUUUCCUGUUCAUGUUAUUUAGUCUCACAGUCAAGCCUGCAACCUUCAGUCCAGUGACAGCAGCCAGCAACACAGUAAGUGAAAACUAUGCAGCAUCCUCCUCCUCUGCUCAGCAACAGAGUCAAUAUACUCAACCACCAGAGGAAAAAGGCUCGCUACAUGAAGAAAAUGAAGAAGAUGAGCUUUUCAAAGACGUGGACCCUAGAACCCUAGCAGCGGUCCUUCUCGAGGCCCUCAACCAACCUCAGAAGGAAAAGAUGAGUGAACGAGAAGAGGGAAUGGAAGUGGAAAGGCAGAGGGAACUUCAGGGUGCAGACAGAGACAGAGAUGGUCACAAAGAGCUGGAGCUGGUCAUGGCAGCUGCUGCAGCGCAAGGAAAAGAUGAGAAAGAAAGAGAGGAGGAAGAAGAGAAAAAAAGGGCUGAGGAGGAAGAACGGCUGACGGAGAAAGUAACAAGCCGCACCACUAGUCAGACGGUACCAUUAAAAGAGCAGGUGGCUCCACAGGAGGGGGCCACAAAAGAGGAGGUGAUCAAGGAGGAGGAGAGGCAGGAGCCAGAGAGAGGAGAACUAGGGGAGGAGGAAGAGCAGCUGAGUCCAGAGGAAGUGAAGAAUCUGGAGACUGUGUUAGAGGAAUUGCAGAGCUACAGCACAGCCACUAAGAGAGAGCGUGACACAUCCACAGGCCAGAGGGAGAGCCGUGGGGAGUAUUUUGAUUACCUGGAUCGUAAUGGGCUCAUGAACAACGAGAUCAAGCCUAAAGCUAAAGGCAAUGACCUAGCCCUGACCAAGAAGAAGCUAAAGUGGCAACUCGAACAAGAGAAGAACAAAAUGCAGCCCUUACAAAGAGGAGGCAACUUCAUGGAUGACUUUAACAAUAACCUUGCUGACCCAGAAGAAGAAGAUGAGGAAGAUCAGGAGGACGAAGAACAGCUAACCCCUGAAGAAGAGGAAACUCGGGCCAAAGCAGAGCAAGAGGAGGUACGCAGACAGGCAGCAGAAGCACAAAGAGCCAAGGCGGAGGAGGAAAAGCUAGCAGACAUUGCAUCUGACAUGCUCCUGAAAUACAUUGUGAAACAGGACAAGAAAAAGUACCAAGACAACAAUGGUGCAGAAGAUAAGCGCUCUGAUGAGGAGGACACUAGUGAUGACGAUGAUGACAUUGACCCACAGACCAUUGAUAAGUUGAUUGAGAUCUCAAGCAAGCUGCAUCUUCCUGCUGAUGAUGUGGUGGACAUUAUUAACGAUGUGGAGAAAAAGAAGAAAAAAGAUGCUCCUGAAAAUCUCCCAUGGCAACGUCCUCUCGUGCCGCCUCCAGCCCCCAUUGCACCUUCCACACUGUUACGUAAACCUCCUCCCUCUAAGCCUCCUCAACCGAACACAAACCCAUUAAAAGCCUGGUUCAAAGACAGAACCUCAGUCAAGCCCAGCAAGCAAGAUAUUUGGACGAGGCAGCAGUGGCCCUUUCGUACCUACCCUUCCUUCAAGUUCUAUCAAAAACCCUACAGAGGGUAUUACCCCAUCUACAUCCCACCUGCAAAACCAAAAUCCCGCUACUAUUCCAAGCCCUCUUUCGCCCUCAAUAAUGUCCUGGGAAACUCACUGGACUAUGACUUUGAUUACUCCCCCAGACGGAAGUCCCGUCCCUGGGCGCAGUCUCGCCAAAGAGCCCAACCAGCCUUCCAGCGGAACCUCUACUUCCCUCACCCUCGGACUUUCAAAGCCGUACCCAUGCCUAAACCACGGUCACCUCCACGUCGUUGGCCGUCCUUUUAUUACCCAGCCCGAGCUCCUGUAGUCACCAGGGAGGAUGAUUACUACAGUCCGCUGAGGCAGCCGCCACAGGACAGCGAAGAGGAGCUAGAGAACUUCAUUGAGAGAGUCUUUAUGAAACAUCCCCGGAUGUUUCAGUGAGCAGACAGGGGAGACAAAAAAGAGUGAUAAAGACGUGGAGGAGAAGAAAGUGAAAGGGAACAACUUAAAGACUGUUCUUUGCCAACCUAUCAUGUUCUGGUUUCUUUUACUGAAAUCAAUCCCUUCGUACUUACUUAUUUGCUUCAGAUACAAAGUUUACCCUUAAGAAAGAACACAUUUAGGAUCUUCAUGUCCAUCUAACCACAUCUUCCACCCUCCUCCCCCCCGGAGAGACUGACCAGCAAAGCUACUUGAGCGGUGAGAGGAAAGGGCGCUUGAGCCCGGCACAUCUCAAAUACUCAACAUUCAAGUUUUGCAUACCCUAUGAAGGCCUUUAUAAAGAUACCUGAUAUCAUGAAACACCAUGUUUUCAUCCUUUACAAAGACAUUCAAGAUGGAAUCUUGAAAAGCUUGCCAUUAUUAUGGAAGCAACUCCAUUAUCUAAGUCUUACUUGCAUAUCUUUUUCUUGUUUAGUUUUUUGUAUUUUGGACAUUUUAAAUCCCAGUGGUCAAUAUCAUUGAUCUUAAUGGGAUAGCAAAAAAUAUUCUAACUGCACCUUUAAAGAACGUGCAAACAUAUUCAUUCAGACAGAAAUGAUAAAACAUCACAGUGCCAUAAUGGUGGAAAUAUACAUUUUGUUAAUUCAAUACACCAAAUGUAGUCUUUCUUGUACCUCAGAGUAUUCUGCUUGAGCAUUUACCAUUUGUGUGUUUCCUUUUGAAGCCUAGAGGACACACUCUAAGUCUUGUACAUAGAAUUAGUUUCUUAUCGCUGUCUGCAUUUCAAAUUUUUUCCUUCAGUGUGUUUAUACCAUUGUUUUUUUAUGUAAAAAAGAAAGAAAGUUGGUGCAAAAGACAUUCAUACAUUCCAACGAUUUCUAAGAAACAAAUUUAUUAUUUCAUACAAGCUGUUUUGAAUACAACUUUUAAUUGCCUUAAGACACUCUCUUCCCCUUUUCAGAUGAGCAGCAUUUUUGGUCACAGACUGGCUGAAAGGUUUGUUCUCAAGCUCAUAAACUUUAUUCAGUGGAGCUGGGAAGCAGUGAUCAGCCUUUUGACUUUGUUUUACAAAUAAAAUAAAUUAUAUAUAUAUAUAAUAUAUAUAAGAUAAUUAAAAAAAUAAUGUGUCAAAUAUUAAUGGAUUAUUUAAAGGUAACCUUGCCCCUAGGCCAGUUACAUCAUACCAAAAUCAAUCACUGGGCCAACGAGAGCUCAAUCAAAAUAGCAUAGACAAUCUAUUCAUUUAAAUUAAUUAAUUAAUAUACUAAACAACAAUGUUGAUGUUACUUAAGUGAAAAUUGAAAUGAAAAUCAGUAAACAUUUUCUUUAAAAAAAAUCUGUAGGUAAGAUUAAAUUGGCUGAAACUGUCCCAAAUGAGAUUGAAUAAAAUGUAGAUUGAAAAAGAGAUUGAAAAAUUGUCAAUCUGAAAGAAAGAAUAUUCAAGCAUAAGGGGGAGGGAUACACCGUUCUAAUUUUCUUUAAAUGAUUUGAAAGACUGACAGAUGGAAGCUAGAGGGAAAAUGGAUGCGGAGAGCUGAACCAGUGGAGGAGUAAAGUUUCUGCACGUUACUGUAAACUUGCAUCUAAAAUGUGUUGCUUCUUUGAAGACAUUAAGCAUUGAAAAAAAACUACAAAAAAAAAAAAAAGAUGAAUGACUAGUGUAUCCCAGUAAAAAUGCCAUUGAGUCUUGUGUGAGGAAAAAAUGUUUAUGUCCUUUCUAGAUGUAUCUUGUACGUAACAUAAUAAACAUGCGUUUGCUGGAUGUAAAUAACCGCAUGUUGAUGACUAGUUUUGCUACACAGAGAGAAAUAAAUAAACUUGACUAUUUUUUAUUAA